AUGGCUUCACCUAGGGCUCUUAUGAAGCCAAUGCGCUUUCUUGGAGCGCGGUCAACGCAGAUUCUUUAUAGGCCAUGCAUUCGUGCAAUUGCGACAUCGUCAAAUGCCCAAGCCUCUGUACCAAAUGCAACCAUCGCAUCCCCCGAGUCUCCCAAGAAGCUCAAACCACUCACUCAGGAGCAGCGUGACUACCUCGAUUCUACUCUCCGUGUUAAUCAAGCUGGUGAGCUUGCUGCAGUCCUCAUUUAUGCCGCCCAAUCGCCCAUCCUUGUCCGAUCAAAGCCGCAUCUUCGCAAGCUGAUGGCGCACAUGUACGACCAGGAAGAUGGCCACUUCAAAACUUUCAACAGCCUCAUCCAUAAGCACCGUGUCAGACCUACUGCUAUGUAUCCCUUGUGGUCUGUCAUGGCUACUGGCCUGGGUUGGUCAACCGCCAUGAUGGGUUAUAAAGCUGCCAUGGCCUGCACAGAAGCUGUUGAGACGGAAAUUGGCGGCCACUACAACGAACAGAUCCGGACAUUGUUGGAAAUGAUCACGCAGUGGGAGUCUGAAGGUUACGAGGUCGGUAAGGAAUUGUCGGACCUGGUUAAGACGCUUAGGGUGAUCAGAGACGAAGAGCUCGAGCAUCUCGACCAUGCUGUCAAGCAUGAUGCCCAGAAGGCAGAGCCGCAUUGGCUCCUCACUGGGGUUAUUCGGGCAGGCUGUCGUGGUGCUAUUUGGGUGAGCGAAAAGGUUUGA